UUAGUACUUCCAUCAACUUGAACAAGUCCGAGCUCUACACGCUAUCUCUCUCUGUAAGCAUCAGGCCAAACCGUCUCUAUGAACUUAGCUCGACACUCUAUCACCGCCACCGAUCCUGUGCUUAUCAUCGACGCUCAGUUCGAUGUGGAUUGUAGAAUAUUCGUUUCUCUAACACCAGCUGGGUUCGCUGUUUAUCGCUCAUGGCCCUUUGAACUCAUACGUAAAAGAGAUCUGAGAGGAGGAACACUUGCCAGUGUUAUUCCACUACACACAUCGUCUUUAUUAUUCAUGCUUGGGGGAGGUCGUAGUCCUCUGUAUCCCCCAAACAAGGUAAUUCUAUGGGAUGACACGAUAGGAGCAGAGGUAGCUGAACUUGAAUUUCGGGAAAGAGUUCGAGGUAUUGCAUGUAGGCGUGGUUGGCUGGCGGUUGCCUUGCGCCGGAGAGUGGUUGUAUUUGAGAUUGGAACAACUUUAAGCAGACGAGGAGAGUGGGACACUUAUGAUAAUCCUCGAGGACUACUGGCGAUGGCAACAGAAGCCAAUGCGACUCUACUAGCCGUCCCUGGUCGCCAAAUGGGCCACGUACAACUCAUCCAUCUGCCACCAUGCUCUGGUUCAAGUCAAUCAUCAUCGGUAGAUUCAGAUCAACCAGCUCAAUCCGUACUGUUGGCAAAGCGUCCCAUCUCAAUUAUCGCAGCGCACGAAUCACUCCUGACUACACUGACAGUAACCCUUUCGGGUCGAUUAAUUGCUACGACUUCGUCAAAGGGGACACUUUUACGCAUAUGGGAGACCGAGACGGGGAGUCUUGUACGAGAGUUUCGCCGGGGGUUAGAUAAGGCCAUAAUUUAUGGUGUCGCGUUCCGCCCGGAUGAGAAUGAAGUAUGUGUAUGGAGUGAUAAAGGGACCGUGCACGUCUUUUCUUUGAUCAAGUCUGCUGCAUUAAAUCGACAAUCAUCUCUUUCCCCUUUAGCCCCCUUUCUUCCUCUACCGAAAUACUUUGAUUCCGAGUGGUCAUAUGCCCAAUACAGAAUACCAGCGCAAUCGUCUCAUAUAUAUUUCUCUUCGGGUUCGUCACGGACGUCACCAGAUACGUCCGAUGAGGAAAGGUGUGUGGUGGGAUGGAUACAAGGUCCACCUGCGGACCACGAUUCGCAGACAGAAGAGAAGGAGCAUCAACUCAUAGCGUUAACUUACAGCGGAGGAUGGUAUCGCCUCUCACUACCAUCUGCGAAGGCUACUCCUCCGCUAGCAAAGAGUCACAGCUCCCCACCUCGUAAAUCCAAUCAAUCAGCCAAGCAUGGGACAGGGAAAGAGAAGGAAAAGGAUGGGAAUCGCCGCGAGAGUAGAGAGUGCAUAUUGCGAGAAUAUCGGAGGUUUGGACGAUGGGAUGGCUGGUAGUUGGCUCACAUGUAUCAUGGUCUUACUUCUCUCAGCUACUACUAAGCUGAUAGUGCUUUUGUAUGUACAGUAAAUUCUUCACUGUCUCAUCAUGCAGCUGUAUUUCAUAUCAUUCAUUAAAUUGCAAUGUUUAUAAGGCGUCCUAUACUCCGAAUGAUGAAUGGCUAAUAAAGUUCAGUGUAGGUAUGUCUGUCAUAGAUGAAUUGAACCGCUACAGCUACAUACAACGACAGAAUUGUAAUAAAACCGAAAACAUCAGUACCAAUGCAAGAAUAGGAGGGAGAGACUAGCUCCCAUAAAAAAUACAAGGAUGAACAGUCUACUAUCCUUGAGCCGUCUCCUUGCUUCCCGCAGCUCCACAGUGCUUUUCUCUACAGCAGAGACAGUGGUGACGGAGUCGUCAUACAACUGAUCCGUCAACUCCGUUUGUUGGGCCAGUCGUGCAACCAGUUCCAUCUGCAACACACUGAUAUCCAUCAACCGUGCCUCUGCUUGCCGUACUGAUUCCAAGUCAUUUUGGGCGGAACGCAAGAUGCUUUCAUUCUCGGCCUCGUACUGCAACAUUUGAGCCUGGGAGAGCUCGAGUUUGGGGCCACGGUCUUCCGAUUCACCUGGCACCGUUUUAUUGGUAGCGUCAUCUAGAAUACCUUGCACCGAAGUACUUGCUUUAGGCUGCCCGGUCCACGCAGGUAAUUUAGCACUGAGAAAAGCGACGUCCCUCGUAACGGUCGACCCCAAUGUGUAGUUUCUUUCCAUAUGCCGCUUGACACGCUGUUCCUGCAUUUCCCUCUGAGUUUGACUGGCUUCUGUGAGGCGCCUGUUGAGAUACCAUGCAAUACUGGAAUGAUGGGCAGCGAUACAUUCCGACCGAUUGGACGAAGAUUUUGGUCGAAAUGGCAAAAAUAGGGACAUUGGUCCGUCUAUAGCACUAACGUCCC